GCUUUGACCCAGUGUCACGUGCACUGGGAUGCCAUUUCACGCUUCCCGGCUUUGCUCUGCCAGGGUUCAUUCCUCCAGUUCCCAAGUCGCGUCGCCUCCCUCAUCUGCUCAACGCGACUCGACUCUCCGACCACCAGGACACGGCCAAUCGAUAAUCAUCCUCACCAACCGCCAUCGAAGCGUUAUCGAGCUCCUUCGCGGUUUCCUUUGAUCUUCUCUUCCGAUUGGUGCUUUCACUGCGGCUAUUUGUUCCAUCUACUAUAGAACAUACCCUUUGAAGCUAUACCCCGCGGUCAGUUGUGGGGAAGCAGGCAAAGCCGAUGUCCGGAACUACUGAGGCCUCCAUCGAUGUUCGACAUCUGCGAGAGGCAUUCUCAGAAAUCCCCAAGCCGCCACCAGAAGCUCCCGGAAAAACAUUAGUACCGCAAUCCCCGCCACCCGCCGAGGCACCUUCCAAUGACAUCCCAUUGGUUCAAGCGUCCGUUCCAUCUUCGAUCCCAUAUUAUACAGCAAAUGCGCAGCCGCAAAGCCAAAGUCGAGACUUUUCCGGGAAUCUGCACCUUUCGUAUUCAAUUCCCUACUCUCAAAUUGACCUUGGGGAGACCCAGGUGGAUUCGGCCAGUAUGAAGGCGAUCAAUUCGGCACGGUAUCAACCGUUAGCGAGAGAUACACAAGAACGGGAGCAGGAAGAAGAUCACGAACCGACGGCCACUGAAGAAGAUACCCCUAGACUCGAUACGCAGGAACAGGAACGGGAGCCGACGGCUACUAAAGAGGAUGCCCCUAUGCCUGAUACGCAGGAACAUGAACAGGAGCCGAAGGCUACCGAAGAGGAUGUUCCCCGAUCCGAUCACGAGCUCAUGGCAACGGCUCCGGAGGAGCCCGGCGGGCCAGAGUUGGACCUGGAGCCAAUAAUAGAUGAUGGCCUCCCGGACGAAGACGAACGUGUGGAAAAAUCGACCCACUUUCUCGAAGCCAAUCGGUUCGACUCUCCUGGACGUCAUCAGCAGUCUAGUCCAGCAAAAGUUGACAUCAAUCCCCUUGGCCACCUAAUUGGAAUGAGUAAAGGAACUGGCAUGAGCCUGGCAGAUGUGUUCAAUACUCCAUCAUCUCCUAUCGACAGGAUGAGAGCGGUGGGCUCGUUACCUCCUCCGACUCCGUCUUAUGCUGCUGCUAGACUGAUGGCGCAGUCCAUGCCUUUGGCUCCAACGUUUUGGGAUAAUUGCAGUUCGCCUGUUCGAGCAGCGAGUCCUGCCUGGCGACGGGGAACCACAGAGCCUCCGGAGUUUACCAGGCCGCCCCAAACCGGCAUGGGUAGAGAGUUAGCUAAAGAGGCAUCGAAAACACCUGUGCGUCCACGAACAUUGUCGCCGGUUCCAUUUUCGUCACCAGCGCCUCUGGCGCGUGCGGGACCGGUUCUGCGGGAUGAUUCGGACGAUGAAGAUAUCCUGUUCUCGAAGGAUGAACUUAAAAAGAUGAAAGUUGAUGCGAGAAAAAGGAAAGCAGCAGCUGCCAUUAAAGCUUACCGUCCGUCUGAAUCCAAAACUCUGUCCACGAAACAAACAAAAAAAUCCAAAAAGCCUGUUAGGAUUUCCGAAAAGCUUGUUGAAAGGGGGACCAGUGUUCAACGUCCGGUUAUUGAAUUGCUGGAUGAUGAUGAGACAGCCAGUGACACAGGGCCAGAGAGUCAAUGCCGAGAAGACGCCGUAAUCUUUUCUACCCCUGCCGCGGCCCGUCCUCCUCCAGUAGCACCGCAAACUCAAGUACCAGCCAGCCCUCCAAGAGCACGGCGACCGCCACGAACUCAACCUCGAACUACACUUGACUUGGAUGAGACCUGGGACCAGUUCCACCAGGUACCCAUAUUUCAACGACGAUCAAAAUCAUACUCUUCCCUCCGAAAGGGCCAAGCUUCCUCGUCAGAAAGUCCCCUGCAUCAUACCAAAUCGAUGCCUGAUAUAUCUUCCCCUCCAAAGCUUGAGAAGCGCGGAACUAGCACCAACCCAAUGUCCUUAACUCAAAUGGUCCCUUUCAACGUGCCCGAUUUCCCUCCCACGCCCCCAGACCCAGACCCCACAGACACCAUCUCCGAGAUGUUGAAGAACGUCCCUGAUUUUGUGCGAGAGUCCUCCGGCCUGAUCCCUCUUACCAGCCAAGUCCAGAGCAGCUUGACACCCGGCCCCUCGAGUCCUGCUCGCGACGAUACCCGCGGAACGCCACCACCGGUAGCGAGUGGUUCAAGAGGUAAACAAAACGGGAAGACGGGGAAAGGCAUGGCGGCAACACUAGCUACAGUCCCAGAGGGCGACAGUGUCCACUCAAUCACACCGGUUUCCGCCGGACUGAAUGCUCCUACCCGCGAGAUUGCGCCAAAUCAGACGCUCGGAACACCUACCAAGAGACGCAGAGAAGCGGAUGACGAAGGCGAUGAUCUCACCUCAUCGUCUCCAGGAGCACAGUGUCAGCUUAAAAGCUUUGCUGCGUUGAACAACAGUCAACCACCAUUAAGCAAUUUGGAGAAUCCCGACGAAGUUGAUAUGAUUGGUAUCGUUCAGAAUGUGGGUAUUGGCUACCGGCCCGAUUUGGAGGUACCUGCGCAUCCACCUUCAAUUUUGAAGGGCCGGGCGAGAAAGAAGAGAAAGACCGCAUCAGGGUCGGGCGAGACUGAAGAACUAAUUGCGCCGGUUGCACAAAUUCGGUUCUCGCACCCAUCAUCGCCGUCCUGCCCUACUAUCCCUAGGGCAGCUCCACCUGCGAAGCUCACGAGCAAGAUCGGAAGAGCCAUCUACCCUCCUGCGAAGCCUGUCACUAAGAAGAGAACAACGUCGACUCGUAUCAGUCCGGCUCUCCCGAGUCUCCCCACACUAGAGUCGGAUAGUCCCACGACCAUGGCAACGGAUGGCGGGGACGAAUCCGACGUUCCGAUCGCCAACAUCCCGAGACCACAGGAAUCAUCUUCGGCGAUCCCACCUGUUAUCGCACCCAGGAGAGUAUUUGCUCUAUUCAAGGACCAGAAGCUGCACUAUUACCCAGCGACAUUAUGCCCGACUGAAUCCCAAACACGAGUGCAAGUGGUCUUUGACGAUGGAACGCCCUGUCAGCUGGAGCGGCAGUGCGUACGAAGCCUUGAUCUUCGACUUGGGGACACGGUCAAAGUUGACCUGCCGGAUUUGAAGCGGGGCACUUGGAUCAUCAGCAACUUUCCCAGGGCACCCGAAGCCGCCGAGCUUGAUAAGCACUCUGACGAUAGUGUAGCGCGACAUAGCGAUAUCCGAGGUCAUCUCACCAUAUCGGUUACCUCCAAGAAUAGUUCGAUUUCCGAAAUCGAGGUGCCUCUUGCGAAGAUUUAUCUUACCAAGUCCCUAUGGGCGCAGUACGGACCUCGGGACACAUCGAUGAACUUCUCAGUGCCCAUUUCCAUUCCCAACUCUAUGAAUGCCACUGCAAGCCCCUCGCCAUUUCCUGGCCUCGCUGGUGCUUGUAUCCGUAGGACGUCCACACCGGCAUUCAUGCACAACAGUCCCGCAAGCGUUCCCGCCAUGACCCCCAAAGGCGGCUUAUUCCAGGGCAUGGUCUUUGCCCUCUCCUUCGGCCCGGAAGACACCAUGAAGCGCUCAAUUGAAACCAAGAUCCGCGCGCACGGCGGGCGACUCCUACACUCUGGCUUCGACGAGCUCUUCCACGACAUCGAUGCUAUGGACGAUCCCGCUCGCCACCCCAUUGGCAACGGCAACGAGCAGCAACUCGUCAUGAAGCCCGAAGUCCAGAACCUUGGCUUCACAGCGGUAAUUGCGCACGCGCACUCGCGCCGCGCAAAGUUCCUGCAGGCGCUCGCCCUAGGCCUGCCGUGUCUUGCCGGCCGCUGGAUCGAUGAUUGCGUUAAGAAGGGGAAGAUCGUCGAUUGGCAGUAUUAUCUACUCCCUGCGGGUGAGUCGCGGUAUCUUGGCGGCGCGGUUAGAAGCAGAAUGUUGCCUCUUUCGGAUGCCACCACCACAAGAUUGGGGGACAUCGACGGGAGGCAGAGAAUAUUUGAUGGAUGGAAUGUCAUCGCUGUAGAGAAAGGGCUUGGGGUUGAGAAACGGAAAGUGUUUACAUUCCUUUGCCUCGCCCUUGGGGCCAAGAAGGUAGUCAAGGCGAAGACCCUCGAUGCAGGCGAGAAGCUGCUCAAGGAACUGGGGGCGAAGUGGGACUGCGUACUCGUCUGCGCCGCCGAGAAGGCAAAGGCGAAAAAGCUGUGGAAAUCUAGGCGCGGGCUUAGGAUCCUGGAUGAUGAGGAUGUGGUUCAGAGCUUGGUUCUUGAGAAAUUGGAAUAAUUAAUGGGUGUAUCGCCGGCGUUGUUGGAAUAAGGGGGCGUCUUCGUUUCGGCUUUCUGUGUGGGUUGUACUUAUUGUCUUAUUCCUUAUUUGUUAUGCUGUAACUUGUAAUAGCCUGCUCUGUCUCUGCUUGCGCGAUGCGUAAGGCGUUGGAAUAAAUGGUUUGAGUCAAC